UGUAUUUAAAGAGAUUGGGAGAUAGAUUACUUGAUUGUUUACAUCUUGUUUGUACCAAACCCUGGGCCAGGGUUAAAAAGAAUCCAGAAACAUCACCUUCGCAAAGAUGAUGUCAGGUUACAGAUGUCGCUUGCUCAUCAUUGCCCUUUUAAGUAUGCAAGCCAAUCAUCUAAAUUCUGUGGGAUCAAAAGUUUCAAGAGUACAAAUGAGAUUCACAAAAGAAGAUGUUUGCAAGGAAGCUCUUAAAAAAGUCAACCCUGUUGAAAGUUGUCCAUCGGAUAAAAUAUCUAUUCAAGAAAGGUCAAGGAUUUUAAAUUGUAAAGAUAUUCGUGAUUCUUGCUCCAGUGAAGAAUUAGUGUUUCAUUGUGUAUCUUCUGGCGACAAAAUUGUGGAAGUUUGUGCUCCAAGAUAUUAUCUUGAUGGAAAAUACUGUUUUAAGUUCGACGAGGAAACAGGGCGCGUUAUACCAGACUAUCAAGUUUUUUGUCAAGAAUGCCCAUUUCAGCAUUACUCAAACGACUCUGUAACAUAUACUACUUGUUCCAAGAGCAUACGCAGGUGA